AUGGCGGCCAUCGGGGCGGCAGCUGCUCUCGCGGCAGGAGGAGCUAUUGGGAUCAUUGCAUAUCAGACAGAGAGCUGCUGUUAUCCACCCUCAGCUGCACGUGUUCCUGUGAAGAAACGAGCUUCUACAGCCACAAGCUUGAUGGGAGAGGUUUUAUGCCACAUUCCGGGGAUGAUGAGCAAGACACGACGCCAUGUCACUCUUGUCGGCGACAUGCUCAUGCACGGCUCUGUGCCGGGGCAUGCCGAAGGAUCUAUAUUUUUGAGAGGCGCGGUUGUAUCCUUGGCUGGGAGUGAGGUGCGGGUGAUGAAGGAGGGGGAAGCUUCCAUUGCUAUCUUUUUGGAGAACGAGGAUGAGGCAGAAUUCUGGGCAGAGGGAUUGACCUCAGCAAUCACAACGUCAGACAGUUUGCCAAAACUGUUCAGCAUGCACAAUCGGGAGAUGCAGAGUCUUGGCAAGCGCAAUGAGGAGUUUGCCUCGCAAAACCACCACAUCUCCAAGAUGCUGAGCCUCAAACGCCGGGAGUUUUGUGAGGUGGAGCGCAAGGCGCAGAACUAUGAGCACGUCGCAGAUAUGCGUCAGCAGGAGGUUCAAGAUUUGCAGGCUCGUUUGGCAGAUUUUACGAAGCUGGCCACGGCCAAAGAGACAGAGAUGAGGCGCAUACGGGAAGAAGUUGAGGCGGAGAAGCAACGACUACGCGACGAACGCUUGAAAAUAGAGGGCCAGGCGGCUUCAGCAACAGCAGAGGCAGCUUCUCGGCGCAACGAAGUUGCGGAGCUCUUCACAGAGGCACAUGAGGAGAGUAGGAAGGGCGAGCACUUCGCAGAGAUCACAGCCUUGCUGGAUACGGGCAAUUUAACGACUCUGCUUGGACCAGCGCGACGGAACCGUCAAGAGGCGCUGAAAGACUGCUUGGAGCUGCGGAAGGUAGUUGCAAAGUGCCUGGAUGACUCAAAGCUUGGCCAGGCCAAGAAGCGGAAGAAGGAGCUGGACGAUACUGUGUGGACAGUCAAAGAUUUGGGCGGUCGCCUUUUGGACGGCGCUGAAGGCCCGCCUCCUGGCUUCAAGGCACCGAGCUGGAUGCCAACUUCGGAAGGAGCGCCAUUGGGAUAUGUGUCUCCUGGCAAAUACCGAGCUCCCGUGAAGUCAGCAGCUUCAAAGGAGGACAAUUCUGUUUACAGCUUCAAGACUCGCAAGCUGGUCGUGGAAUGUGCAGAAUCUGAUGUGAAGGAAGCAGUGCCUGCUGAAGAUUGGGAAUCAAAGGCCAAAGUUGCCUUGCAGCAGGCCUUCAAGCGCUUUGGCCCGGUUCUUGAAGUCCGAGUAAAUUUUCAGAGUGAUGAUGGUGAGAAAGUCGCCUGCGUCCGUUUCGCCAGCGCAAAGACCGUCGAGCUGGCAAUGAACAAGUCACAGCGUGGCUGGCUUCCUGUUGGAGAUAAGCAUGUGCGCGUGAGACUUCCUGCAGCUGAAGCCAAAGCAGAAUGGCGUGUUUUUGCAGCACCUCGCAGGGAAGCUCCGGCAAUUGAGGCUUUGCCGAGCAAAAAGAAGCUGCGUCCCAAUGAAAGGUUCGCGUCGAAGCAGCAGACAACCGAAGAAGAAGAGGCCCAAAAUCAGAGCCAGGCACAGGCGAAGCCUCCACCAGCACCUGAGCCGCCUUUUCAGCCUCCAGAGCCUGACCGCCCGGUGCCGUUGGCGCUGGAAGAAGCAACCUCGGCCGAAGAUAGAGAGGUUGCAAAGGGUGAAGAGGAGAUUGCUCGUGAGCUGAUGAGCUUGCCGCGAAAGCCCUUCGCGGACCAGAAGAAAACACUGAAGGCAAUACGAGCACGAUGGCACCCUGAUAAGAACCCGGACUCGGUGCAGGUUGCGACACGCGUGUUUCAGUUCAUCCAGGCACACGAUGCAUGGUUGCAGCACCACGGGCUUGCCUGA